AUGCAUCUUCUUAAAGUAAUCUUGUUCCUGCUGUUCGUUGACUGUACCUCCGAAAAUGAUUCAUCCUCAAUUAUAGAGUACAUUUCUUCCCAAAAUGUAUUGAAUAAUGAAGAAAUAAAGUGGAAUAAAACCAGAGAUUUAAAUGGGAUUUACGAUGUGGUCUUGCUUAUAUACUUCAAGACUCUAACUCAAGCUGGUGAAGUUACAUUUUCUGUUGGAGAAGUCUCAUUAGCACGCCAGAGGCCGCUUAAUGAUAAACACAUUGACAAGUUUAGAGGCUUUUUGGAAUAUGGUAAUCAAGAAAUAAACUGGAGAAAACCCAGAGAUUUAAAUGGGAUUUACAAUGUGAACGUGGUUAUAUUCUUCAAGACUCAACCUGAUGUCAGUGAAGUUAUAUUUUCUGUUGGAGAAGAUAAUCAAGAAAUAAAAUGGGAUAAACCUAGAGAUUUAAAUUGGAUAUACGAUGUGGACUUAUAUAUUCUUCAAGACUUGACCUCGUGCCGGGGAAGUUAUACUUUCUUUUGGAGAAGGUGA